UAUUAAGCACUGACUAAACAUUAAUUACUGACUAUUUUUCUACUCGCAUUUCCUACUGCUCUGUGCCAGGCAUUGUGUUUGUGGUUCACUGCAAGGCCUUUAUUUGUUUCCCCACCUAAUUCCCCAUUAUAUGGGUAUAAUGGGGCACAGAGCAGUUAUGUACCUGGUCAAGCGCCGCAUAGCUAGUAAGUAACUGAGGUGAACUUGAAUCCAGGUUAGUUAGACUCCCAAGCCCACGGUCUUUCCUCCCGAUUAGAGUGUGGGAGGGGAAAAGAAAACAUAGCCUUUGGACUUGAGACAAAUCACUAAAUCUCUAAGGCUCCAGGUCCUUGUCUUCAAAUGGAAAUAGCAAUAUACCUCUAUCCCAGGGUUUUAGUGAAAUUAAGUGAGAAGAUAUUUAAAGCACUUAGCCCAGUGCCUGGUGUGCAGUUAGUACUUGGUAAUUGCACGGUGCUUGUGAGUUUCUGUGGCGGGAGGGUUUCAUCUUCAUUAGGAGGAACAGGUAGCAUUUGCCUUGGUGGACCUGGAGGUAUUCUGAGUGGAGCCGUGGAGCUGGCGAAGGCACGGCAGUGAGGACGUAGCCUGUGUUGUCAGCACUGGUCACGUGCAGCCGCAGCUGGUGGGAGCCUGGGGCUUGAAGGCGCGGUCCCCGGACAGGAGGCUGAGAGGCAGGCGGCACGAGGUGUGCAAGCAGAAGGCAGAGACUGAGGAGUUUCUGCCCAGGAGGAUGGCACUGCCCCUCCUUCUCCCGUCAGAGCCCCCGGGGUCAGGCAGUGUCCUCGCAGGAGCCACAGCCCCUCUGAGUCCUCCCCAGCCCUGGGCCUGGCCGGUGCCCCGCCUUCUGUGCCAGCGCCCGCGUGGGCACGUCUGGGGACAGAUGGCAACGUGGGCAUCUUGCCAGAGAGAUGAGUAUGGCUGCUGAUUCUGGGGCUGGGCCCGCUUCCUGGGGCCUGUGGGGAGGGAGCAGUUCAGGGCUCGACGAGAGGAGCCUGUGGGAGGAGGGCCAGGUGGCAUUCCUGCUGGAUGAGCAGGAAUGGGUGGGGCACUGGGCAGGCAGGAAAGCAGGGGCCGUGAGCUCCCAGCUCGCUGCCCUCCCCCAAGCCCACCAGGGCCGAGGUGGGCUGGAGGCUGCAGCGGGGACCAGUGGCUCUGCCCGCCGGAGUUUGCUGAGGUCCUGCUGCCGGAUGCAUCGCAUCUCAUUUCAUCAACCCUUAUGGACAUCUCAUAUGACAGGACUUCACUACCUUAGUCAAAGGAAGAUCAAAGUGAGGCUGAGAGGCGAAAUGUUAUCUCAGUUAGUCUUUAGGGCACCCUCAUGUGACAGGAGUUUACUAUCCCAUUUACAAGAAGCUCAAGCUGAGGCUGAGAGGUGAGACAGCUCGCCCAAGGUCACAGUAACAGACCCAGAAGUUAAGACGCAGCGUCUUUUGGUUUAACGUCCUUUUCCCAAUUCUGCCAUGGCCUCAGACCAGGGACCCAGAUGCUGCAAAGUAGCUUUCUCUUGUCUUCCUUCUCUUCCUGGUAACUGCCCAGAGAUGCCCGGUAAGAGCAUCAGAAAGGGCUCCUUAAAAAGAGUGGUGUGUGGGCUUCCCUGGUGGUGCAGUGGUUGAGGGCCCGCCUGCCGAUGCGGGGGACAUGGGUUCGUGCCCCGGUCCGGGAAGAUCCCACAUGCCGCGGAGCGGCUGGGCCCGUGAGCCAUGGCCGCUGAGCCUGCGUGUGCGGAGUGGCCACAACAGUGAGAUGCCCACGUACCGCAAAAAAAAAAAAAAAAAAAAAAAAGAGUGGUGAUGGCGAGAGGCAGCUCCGAGAAGGAAGGAGAGAGCCUGGUGGAGGAUCUGGAGGGCUGAGCCCACCGUCCCUGUCCCCACCCCCUUCCCUUCCUCGGGCUCUUCAGGCUGACCCCCAAAGAGCAUGUGAACCUGCGUGGCUCCCUCCCCCACCCGCACAUGACUGCUGUCUUCUCCCCCAGCCACCUUCUGCUUCCUCUUCCUCUCCGCUGUUUCCUCUUUCCCUCCUUACACAGCAGACUGAUGCGCACCUCCCUGGCUUUGGGUGGGGCGGUCGGCCUCAGGGGCCACGCACUGGUCUAGAAGGCAGCCAGGCUUUGGGGGUGGUCUGUAUGGAUGGCCAAGACCUUACUUCUUCCCAUCAAGCUGUGCCACCUGAGUGCUGAGGUCAGAGCUGAGCGGUCCCGAAGCAACGCCAGAACUGGGGGCAGACACCAGGGUCGGAAUCCCUGCAGCCCACAACGCCCCCAUCUGAUUGCCCCCAAACUGGUGUGCGGGGUGGGCGCGGGGUGGACGGCAUCACUGCUCUCAUUUUGCCGUCUGGCUCGUGCCUCCUCCCCUGGGUCCUUCAUGCUGGGGAGAAGGAGUAGGUGAGGGUGGGCCACAGGCUAAGCCUCCAGGGAAUCCCGAGAGGAGAGUCCUCAUCUUAGCUCCCUGGGGAGGAGGGCCCCGCCACCACCAACGCAUUCCCGCCUGUGCUCUUUGUGUAGCCGCUCUUCAGAAGAGAGACCACCAACUACCCGCUGACCACUUCUUCCAAACCCUACCAGCUCUCACACUCCUCCAGAGUUUUUCCAGGUACCUAAACGAAACCACAUGCUGUAGCUAAAAGCCACGUCUUUUCAUUCUGUCUGAGCACCCAGGCUUCCCCUGCCGAGAUUCCUUCUCAAGGCAAAGCAAUCUAGCCUAUAUUUUCCUCUCUCCUAAAAAAGACCAUUAUCUUAUCUACUAAUUCCUUCUAGAAAGUCCCGGGCUCCUUGUGCUACUGGCCAAUGGCUCCCCUUCUCUGGGAAGGAUCUUGGGACCGAGCCCUGUGUCAACCUGAUGUCUCUGAGCAAAUGCCCAGGUUCCAUCUGGAGGAGGGGCAUCAGGUGGAGGAGUCCUUGGGCUGGGUCUCAGCCCCGAGAGGGCUCUGUUCCUCUGUUCUCAGAGGCCCUCCCAGACCUGGCCUGUCCCCGUCCCAUCUUGUCAGUGGAAGGCCUGGCUCAGGGCUCUGCCCUGUGCUGUCUGUUCCAGGCUGACCUUUCCCUACCAGGGUGUCCCAGGGGCAGCGGAGGGCUUGGCAGGGGGCGGGGUGAUGGCACUGUCACCAGCAGCCUGGUUCUUACUGUCCCCAGCCCUCUCUCCUUUUCAGAUCUGCUGAGUCCCAGGACAGGCACGUCCAAGGACAGGCCACCAAGUGGUACUUUCCUCCGGGCAAGUGUCAAGGUCACCUGCAGCUACAGCCAGUCCAGUCUGCCCCCACCUGAGUAGCCCCAGACAUCUACCAGCUGCCCCAGACUUGGCUUAAGGACUGGGCUGAGGCAGGAAGUGGUAGGGAUUGGUCAGUGAGGGAGUUUAAUUCCCUGUCGGCCUGCCAUGGGGAUAGGAGCCAUCAGCACCGUCAGCAAUGUGGUUGCAAAGCAGGGAGCGGGGUGCAGGGACCGGGGGCUGACUGGGCAGACACUGGAGAGAAGGCACCUCUUCCCACUGUCUCCUGAGGUCAGCAUUCUUCUGCUGGGCUACUUCUUGUUUUCUGUUGUUGUGAUGGUGGUGGUAGUAGGUCCUUUGGGGGUUCUGUUUGUCAUCUGUUGCUGCUUUGGCAGUCGUUGUUCUUUGCCCCUAACCUGAGAAGCGUUUCUAGUGCAGAGUCUUAAUGAGGUCCAUAAAGCUAUUAGCGUGCUCAUUUGGAAGAAUAAGUUGGACUGUCAGCUAAUAGUUAAGAGAUAGCUAGUCCACCUCUCUAUCUGACUUGGUUACUCAGUAACCAGUGCCGUGCAGGGGGAGGUGAGACUCUCAAAGUGCCAUCUCUCGCUAACACAGACUUAGAGGGUCAUGGGGUGGGCACCCUGCCCGGAACAGUCUGUGGGCCUCGCCACGCACGUUCCUGGGUCUCUGGCCUGCUUGCCCAGCCUGGCCAACACCUGGGCUGCCAUCCCUCCCCCUCUGGGGCAAGCCAGGUGAAGCCCGACUGUGUAUUUUCCCCCCUGCUCCCUUUCUGGGGCCUCUUGUUUCUGCAAGAAGGGCUUGUGAAAGCAGAAGUGAAACUUGCGGGUUCUACAGGCAGCAGGAGCACAUCAGCUAUCUUCCCUGUGAGCUACUGUGAGUUUGACAGCCUUUGUGUCAGCCCAGCCCUUCACCGGACCCAUGUCCCCAGUCCCCUUUGAACUAUGGCACCUUGGCCUUUUUCUCAGAAGAGCUGCCAGAGUGGAAAGGAAAGAGGACUUGACUAAGGGGAGGCCCCGGGUAUGCUCUGCCCAGCUAGCUGUGCCCCUCUGGGCUCAUGCCGCCAUGGUGCUGCGGUCCAGGCAGGGAGUCCCAGAGGAGGCCAGUGCCCAUCCUAGCAUCGCACAGCAGGUUGAGGUCCUUCUGCCCCACCGCCUCCCUCCCUGUGACUCUCCUGCUAUCUUGGGUGUCAGGUUUUCUACUGAGGGAUGGGGUCAGAGCUGAGAGAAAGGUCAGGCCGAGCUUCUGGACAGGGCUGGAACCUGGCAGAUCUGCAUGACUGUGGAUCUCUGCUAAGUCUCCCUGUCUACUCCCAAGGGAGAACAUGGGUGGGCCCAGUGGACCAGCCUCUGCUCUCUCCCCGUGGCAGACUCCCGCAUGCGCACUGGUAGCUUCGGGGCAUCUUCGUGUUCCUCUAGCCCACCUCUGUGUACUAGGCAUGUGGGAGGCGUGGCCAUGCUGGCCUCCAACUCCCUACCUUACAGGCAAAUCCAGGGCCUGGAACCACCACCGCUCAGAGGAGUUUGGUGCUAACCCACACCCUGCUCACCUCCCGUAACAGAGCAGCACGGGCUGCCUCCGCCCCCUCCAGCUUUCCUUCCUCAAAAUCUGAAAUCGUAGUGGCUGUCAUUUUUAAGUGUCCACUGGGUGUGAGGAACAUGUAAGAGCUGUCCUGUGCAUCGUCUCAUCAACCUGUCAAUAGCCCUAUGAGAAAGGUGAUAAACACUACUUUGCAGACCACUAACAGGUGUAAGGAAUGAAAUCAGGUUUCGCCUGAUUCCUAAGUCCUUGCUCUUUUCUCUUACAGACACCAGCUCCCUGAGAUGCACCACCGAGGGUCUCCCUAGAGGGUGGCUGGCAGUGUGGAUGAGGCAGAGGGAACCAGCCCUACCUUCUGCGAGGAAGCUUGUCUGGAGCUUCCCAAACUAAUCAGCAGGGCAGAGCUUAGCCUGGGAGGUGUCCGGAACCCUCCGACCUAGAAAAUCCCACCCCUCUUCAGUGACUCCCCAUCACCCCAAGGACAGUCGAAACUCACCCUAGGCCCUCCAUGACCUGUCCGCUCCCUCCUUCCCCACUCCUUCACCUUCCAUGCUUGGCCCAGUCCCACCUUCCAGACCUCUGGCUACAUAGAGUUCCCCAGACAGGUAUUAUUGCUGUUCACGCCUCCGCACUUUUGUACACGUACUUCCCUCUCCCUAGCGCCGCUUCCCGCCCCAGCCCUGGUGGACCUGGCCACCUCCUGCUUGUUUGUGAAGAUUCAGCUGAAGCCUCACCUCCUGAAUCCUUUCCUGACACUGCUCCCAUCCCAGCUGGUCUCGGUGUCCCUGCUCCCGUGUCAUGCAGGGCUGCCCUCUUUUAUGGCACUGUCGCACCAAUUCUGUUUGUCUCCCUGCUGACCUGCGAGCCCCUGGAGGGCAGAGGUCUCUCUUACAGCUUCUCUGGGUCCCUAGCACAGUGCCUGGCACAUGGCAGGAUGUGGAUGGGAAGGCAGUCCUGUUUCUGCCAGAGAGAAUCGAGAUGUCAGAAAUGGGCCUGGGUGUGCCUGCUGUCCUGUCUUAGCAUCUGCCACGCAAGGUUGGGAGGGACAGGACUCCAGAAGGCAGAUAAGGAAGCACACCGGGGACCACAGGCUGGAGAAAGCCAGGGCAGGUGACCUGAGGUGGGCAGGUGUUGGCACUUGGGGCUGAAGCAGUGUCAUGGUGGGAGGAGCGAGGGAGGAGCGAGGUGGCUGCCAGCGGGGCUGUGCCUUUCGACCCCUCGUUGUGUCUGAGCAUCUCCUGCGUGGGCUCGGCAUGGCUGAGUUGCAGCCUGGGCCUCCCUGCCUGGCCUGUCAAGGAAGGACGGUCAGUGCUGGGGGCGCUCAGUGGGGCCUGGGGAUCCUUCAGGCCCAGGGGAGAUCUCAUCUGUCACCAGGGUCAAUGGCUGUAUCCAGGUGGCAGCCGAGAUAGACUCAGCUGAUCCCGGGGGGUCGUAAAGGUGGCCCAACAGACACGUAGGGACUAGGGUGAGAGUUACAUUGUGUUCCCUGGUCUUUGAGCUGGAUGUGGUUGGCACUGUCCUCCGUGGGCAUCUGAUGAGGAAACCGGAGGCAAAAAAGGCUUAGGAACUUUCAUUUGGUUACACAGUAAAUUAGAGUCAUCCCUCAAAGCUUUCAGCUUUUUUCCGGACUCAGCAGCUCCCCGGGCAGGACACUGGUGAGUGUUAUCUGUAGGGCUGUGAUUUUCUUCCAUCUUGUGCACUUUGAAGAAGCCUCACUGGGCAGCCUCUCGAGUUCUCUCAGAGACACCCCCAACCCUGCCACCAGAUUCUGGAAGUUCCUGAGGUAGGAGUCACAUGAGCCAUUUGCCAAGUGGAAAACAUUGCUGCCACCAAGCUUGUGUAUGUCACAGGGUCACUGUGACAGUCCCUUGGAGUAACCCCAGAUUCCCUGGAGAACCCCUGGUGACUCCCCCGCAGCCAUGCACCCUCGGCAAUGGGGAGCCAGAGAGGCUGGGCGGUAGAGAGAGCAUAAGAUUCAAGCUAGAGAGAGCUUCGUUCUUAGUGGAACGGAGAGCCACGGAGAAACGUUAAGCCAGGUGACGGCGGGGGCACGUGUACCUUCAGUCUCUUCAGAAGAUAAACUGUGAGGCAGUGGAGGGAAUGAGACAGAGAACGAGUCCAGGGGUGAAGGGCCUGAAUGCAGCCUCUGCUGAAACACCCCUUCAUCUCACAAGGAGGAGCCUUCACGACAUGCUUGGGAGGAAGGGAUUGGGGUUUGGAGGCAGAUCCCUGGAGAGGGCAGACUGAGCCUCCAGCGUCCUGGUCCUUUGGUGCGUGGAUCCCAGGGAUAGAAAGGGUUUCAGGCCCCCUUCCCCUUCUUCCCCACCUUCUCCAUGGGCUCUUUAAGAAACCAAGGCUCUGGUCUUUUUCCUGGGCUGGAGUCCGUGCUGAGGUCUAUUUUCCAUGUACUUCCUGGCUCCCGGCUGCUGACUCGUCUCAGCUGAUGCUGUGACUCAGGAGGACCUGGAAGCCCUUCCUCAGAGCCUCGGCAGAAGGGGAAGGGAGAGCACGCAGCGGAAACUUCGGUGGUGCCUGGCUGAACUGUUCUUUCCGCCCCAGACCAGCGCAUGGGAUGAGAAGCACUGUGUGAGAGGGCCCAUGUGAUGUGUGAGCCGCAGAUGGAAAGGAUGACCCCUCUGUCCAGUGGAACGGACUAGGGCAGAGGACCUGGGUUCUGUCACCAGCUUUCCCUCUGUUGCCACAUUUCCAGCUAGGUUUUGGGCUCCGCCCCUCCUGGGCUGCAGCAGGUGCUGUUUCUGCCGUGUUCUAGGCUUGAGAGCAGCAUCGACUUCACCUUAUUUCAUUUAUUUAUUUUUAAAAUUAAUUAAUUUAUUUUUGGCUGCAUUGGGUCUUCUUUGCUGCGCGCGGGCUUUCUCUAGUUGCGGCGAGCAGGGGCUGCUCUUUGUUGUAGCGUGCGAGCUUCUCAUUGCGGUGGCUUCUCUUGUUGCGGAGCACGGGCUCUAGGCACGCAGGCUUCAGUAGUUGUGGCUCACGGGCUCUAGAGCGCAGGCUCAGUAGUUGUGGCGCACGGGCUUAGUUGCUCUGCGGCAUGGGAGAUCUUCCCGGACCAGGGCUCGAACCCGUGUCCCCUGCGUUGGCAGGCGGAUUCUUAACCACUGCGCCACCAGGAAAGUCCCGACCUCACUUUAAAGACAGACCCUUCUCCCACAUCAGCCUCCUGCCGGCUUCCAGCAUGUCCAGUAUUUUAAAUACAGUUCUAUCUCCCUGCCCCCAUCUCUCACACACACAGAGGCACCCCGAUCUUAGUGAGACCAGAGAGAAGCAGAGGUGAUGGGCAGUGGUAAGAGCAGGAGGGGGUACUUUGGUGUCGUCUAGGGCGCUGAUGCUGGGCUAGCUCUGUCAGGAGGCCUCGGUAGCAGGAGCAGGGACAUGGGGCCCCCCGAGCACUCUGGCCUCUGGCGUAUGUUCCUAUCCUCCCCUUGGCCUCUGCCCCGAGGAACUUGUGUCUGGAGGGGAGCCUGAUGUAGAAGAGUUGGUGGUGCUGGGGCGCUGAGGCUGCUAGAAUGGGCACAGGUGCAUGUUUCCUGGACACAGUAGAGGCGGAGGUCCGAGCGCCCUGCCAGCCCAGCUGCCCGCCUCUCCCUGCAGGUACCGAGGCUUCAUCCUGCUGAUCACUUUCCUCAUCUACACCUGUUAUCACAUGUCCAGGAAGCCCAUCAGUGUCGUCAAGAGCCGUCUGCACCACAACUGCUCAGAGAUGAUCCAGCCCAUCGGCGACACCCACAGGCUCAACGACACCACGUGGUGCAACUGGGCCCCGUUUGACCAGAGCAACUACAAGGAACUCCUGGGGGCAGUGGACAACGCCUUCCUCGUGGCCUAUGCCAUCGGCAUGUUUAUCAGUGGCAUCUUUGGGGAGCGGCUCCCCCUCCGUUACUACCUUACAGCCGGAAUGCUGCUCAGCGGCCUUUUCACCUCGCUCUUUGGCCUGGGGUAUUUCUGGAACAUCCACGCGCUCUGGUACUUUGUUCUUAUCCAGAUCUGCAACGGACUCGUCCAGACCACGGGCUGGCCCUCCGUGGUGACCUGUGUGGGCAACUGGUUUGGGAAGGGGAAGCGGGGGCUCAUCAUGGGCAUCUGGAAUUCCCACACAUCCGUGGGCAACAUCCUGGGCUCCCUGAUCGCCGGCGUCUGGGUGGAUGAGCAGUGGGGCCUGUCCUUUGUGGUGCCCGGCAUCAUCACCGCCGUCAUGGGCCUCGUCACCUUCUUCUUCUUAAUUGAAUACCCAGAGGACGUGGACUGCUCACCCCCUCAGCACCAUGGUGAGCUGGAAGAGAACGGGGACAACGCUGAGGACCCUGGCAAUGGACCCCACUCUAACAGAGGGAACGGCCGGGAGUCUGCUGUCACCUUGUCCAAGGAGCCAAGUGCUCAGCCCGCUGCCAUCAGCUUUUUUGGGGCGCUCUGGAUCCCGGGUGUGGUCGAGUUCUCCUUGUGUCUGCUGUUUGCCAAGCUGGUCAGUUACACCUUCCUCUACUGGCUGCCCCUCUACAUCUUCAAUGUGGUUCACUUUACUGCCAAGGAGUCUGGGGACCUGUCCACGCUCUUCGAUGUUGGUGGCAUCGCAGGCGGCAUCCUGGCGGGGCUCAUCUCUGACUACACCAACGGCAGGGCCACCACCUGUUGCGUCAUGCUGAUCUUGGCUGCCCCCACGAUGUUCCUGUACAACUACGUUGGCCAGAGUGGGAUCAGCAUCUCCAUAGUAAUGCUGCUCACCUGUGGAGCCCUGGUCAACGGCCCUUAUGCCCUCAUCACCACUGCCGUCUCGGCUGACCUGGGGACUCACAAGAGCCUGAAGGGCAACGCAAAGGCGCUCUCCACCGUCACGGCCAUCAUCGACGGCACUGGAUCCAUAGGUGCGGCUCUGGGGCCUCUGCUGGCCGGGCUCAUUUCCCCCACAGGCUGGAACAACGUCUUCUACAUGCUCAUCACUGCCGACAUCCUGGCUUGCUUGCUCCUCUGCCGGUUGGUGUACAAAGAGAUCCUGGGCUGGAGGUCAUCCCUGAGUAGAGACAGAGGCUCUAGUGUGGCCCUAACCCACGCGCGGUAGUAUUUUCCUCAAGUCCUGUGACUUUUGUAUAGAGAAAUGUGAGGACCCGAUCGCAGCAGAAACUCGGAGGGCCCUCGCCGGGUCCCACAGUGCACCCCCCCAGGAGGCCGAGGCAAAGCCUCCGGGCCCAGCACCAGCCAGCGCAGCCCACGAGGCUUCCACGGGCUAGGAGACUCUCCACCGGAAGGGGACCACCAAGCUUGAGGCCACGGAAGACCCAAGGGCCUUGUUGGAGGACGGAGGGGACGCAAAGUGCCCACUGAACUAAGGCACCUUGAGACCAAGAAAUGAGGGGGCAGCUCCAUGCGAUCAAGACCAGUUUAGUAUAGGGUCACUUACGGGGUGGGUUGGGGCUCGGGCUCAGGUGGACGGCGGUCUGGGAGCGCUCCACGCCACCUGGGGGCCCAGGACAGUUUUAUAGUUAACCUGGGGCAGGGGGGCGGGUACUGGGAAACAGGACAUGCAUUCUUAAGAUUUAUGAAUGGGUAACUAGUCUCGUGGCUGCCGGGAAUACGUCAGGGGAGGUUUUCAUCAUUGUUUGGGGACUAACAGAGCAUAGAGGCUGCCUGGUCCUAAAGAUUAUUAAACAAUAUCUAUUAACUACAAAGCCCUUGAUGACAGAGAAGUGAUUUACCACACAGUAUACGGUCCUGGCUAGGGGGGCGGAAGGAGAGGAGGAACUGUAAAGGCCCUGAAGGCAUCAGUUGCGCUGACAGCGAUAAAGGCCUGAGCUCUGGAGGCCGCCAGUGGAAGGGAUCAGGGCUAAGCGGUGUCUGCGUUUUGGUACAAGAAGGGAUAUGCUCAGACUCCUGCUUGUUCAGAUUCCAAGUCAGAAGGCAGAGGUUCAGCAGGGCCGAGGCCUGGAAAAAGCGUGUCUCUCCUUCUCACGCUAAACGUGAACCUCUGUCAUCAGCCUGUACCUAGAAGUGGCUAUUUCAGAGCCACCCGGCCUCUCUGUCCCUUUGUCCACAAGCCAGUUUUCUCUGUGUGUUUCCCCACGUUGGCACUCCUCCAUCUACCCUCCAUUGGAUCCUGGUUCUAACUCCUGACCCAUUUUGAUUAAAGCAUUAUUGCUGUAUCCUCCAGGGCAGGACUAGGGAGAGAGGGGAGGUGUCACUCCCGACUGUGAGGGCCCCUUGCCUGCUCUCAUCCCAGCCCUCUGUGUCCCCAGGGAAGAUGGCUUGUCAGGGCAGUGCUGCUGUAGGGGGAAGGGUGGGGCGGAGGGCAUGACCAAAGUACCAGUCAUGUUAUUAAAUAUUUUGAUAAUGAAA